UGAGCGCUUUGCACCGUCACCAACACCCAUGGCUCUCCCCUCUCAGCUCUUUAGAACCCUCGACUCACUCAAGGAUCAAGCUAAAGAUGCUAUAUGGGCUCUGUCCUCUUGUCUCUGUCAACAAUCCGCCAAAAUUAAAAUAAAUGGGAGAACAUUUAAUAUCGUAAAGGUUCUCGGUGAAGGUGGAUUCUCAUUUGUUUAUCUCGCUCAGGAUGAACACAGUGGUCGGCAAUUCGCGCUCAAGAAAAUUCGGUGCCCAACCGGCUCAGAUGGAGUCAAGGAAGCAAUGCGAGAAGUUGAAGCGUACCGAAGAUUCAAACACCCCAACAUCAUCCGAAUUUUGGACUCUGCAGUUGUGCAAGAUCCAGACGGCGACGGCAAAAUAGUCUAUCUGUUCUUACCUCUCUACAAAAGGGGUAACUUGCAAGACGCUAUAAAUGCACAUGCAGUGAACGGAACCCAUUUCCCAGAGCAAGAAAUGGUUAGACUAUUUAAAGGAACUUGUGAAGCCAUACGCGCCAUGCACACAUACCGAGCACCGGCUGGUCCAUCUCAAUCCCGCGUCGACCACAGCAGCAAUCCCACCUCGGGAUCUUCAAACUCACGGAGACAAGAUUCAAGACAUUCCGAGGAUGACAAUGAUGAGCGGUUUCCGCAGCCUGAGGGUGAUGGCGAGGGGGGCUAUUCCUAUGGUGGUGGUGGUGGUGAUGGUUCUAGUGUCCCCCUUGUAACGAGGCAUCAAGAAGAUGAACUUGUCUUCGAUGGUGAUGAAGACUUACCGGAGCACAGAAAUAGGAAUACAGACUCUAAUACCUCCGAAAUUGUUCCCUACGCUCAUCGGGAUAUCAAACCUGGGAAUGUGAUGAUAGCGGACGAUGGGGCUACACCGAUAUUAAUGGAUUUCGGUAGCACAAUGAAGGCCAGGAUACCUAUCGAAAAUCGGCCACAAGCAUUACUUCAACAGGACAUCGCUGCCGAGCAAAGUACGAUGGCGUAUCGCGCUCCUGAACUUUUCGACGUCAAGACAGGUAUAAUGCUUGACGAGAAAGUGGAUAUAUGGUCUUUGGGUUGCACUUUAUUCGCCCUUGCAUACUCCCACUCCCCCUUUGAGAACACUCAAACGACAGAACAGGGUGGUUCAAUUGCUAUGGCAGUGAUGAAUGCCCAGUACAAGCAUCCCAGUUCGGCCUAUACACAAGGGCUAAAGGAUCUCAUCGACAGUAUGCUUAAAGUCAAUCCUCAAGAACGGCCUGAUAUUCACAAGGUCAUUGAAAUGACCGACCGUGUUUUGCAAAGUCUAGCAUGAGCGGUGGGGACUGAGUAUGUAGUAAUUUAUAUCGGACCACAUGCUGAGUAUCAUCACUAUUUACACUGCGACUACAGAGUGAUUACGGCCAAGGC